AUUUCGAGUAAACCAUAGUUAUCACAAUGGCUUCCGUAAAAGAUCCAGCAACUUUCUUUGCUAAAGGAACAUCAAAUCAAUUCGAACAUGUUUUGAAGUUAUAUUCAGAAGCUCUUAAGUUGAAAGCAGACCAAAAAAAUAAAAAGGAAGAAGAACUUAUGAGAUUGGACAACUGGUAUCAGAAUGAACUUCCGAAGAAAAUAAAGUCUCGAGGGAAAGAUGCCCAUCUCAUUCAUGAAGAACUAGUACAGACUAUGAAAUGGAAACAAGCUCGGGGAAAAUUCUUUCCGCAACUGUCAUACCUGGUGAAGGUAAACACACCUCGUGCUGUGAUGAUGGAAACCAAGAAAGCAUUUCGUAAAUUGCCAAACCUUGAGCAAGCCAUCACUGCCCUCAGUAACCUGAAGGGGGUUGGAACAACAAUGGCAUCGGCUCUGCUUGCAGCUGCAGCUCCAGAUCAGGCCCCAUUCAUGGCAGAUGAGUGCCUUAUGGCUAUUCCUGAUAUUGAAGGCAUCGAUUACACCACAAAGGAAUACCUCAAAUUUGUUCACCAUAUUCAAGCCACAGUAGAAAGGCUCAACAAAGAGACUAACAAUGGGACUUGGAAUCCACAUCAGGUCGAACUGGCAUUAUGGACCCAUUACGUUGUCUCAGAGAUGAAGCCAGAGUUAUUGGAUAGUAUCCCUAACCCAACAGAAAAUGGAACAUCUCACCACGAUCAAAAGAAUGGAGAUUCCACCCCAAAACCACAAGAACCUGACCAGAGCUCAGACGAGAGUACCCAGGGCUCGACCAAUGAAAAGGAUCCUGCAGUAGGCCCCACAGACGCAUUGGAUGAUUGUACUACGUCUUUCACAGAGGAUUCAUCGGAUAAACCCUCGACACCGAUCGUGGUCAGCCCUGGUGAUGAGAACACCAAUGAUUCCAUCGCCACUUCUGACUCUGCAACCAAUGAUUCAGUGGCAAUUUCCACUGCAAUUGUUGCAUGUAACAACAAGAGGGAUGAAGCUUCCACUAAGGAUGAAACAGAAGAAGAAACAACAAGCAGCCUUGAAGAACCACCAACAAAGAAAACGAAAGUGGAUGAUGAAAAGUGACCGAUACACCAUUUUUUUUAUUAAAAUAUUUUUGAAGUCAUGAACAAGACAAUGCUUUCACCUAUGCAAGCAAGUUAGGAACAUAUUUUUUUUGUUACAAAUGCUGUACAGUACAGUACCAGGAUAGGUAAUUGCCACAUACAUUUUUGUUUUGUUUUGUACUGCUCACAGAGGGGAGAAAUGACAGUCGUAUCAAUUCAGUGGAAUCAGAAUUUUUUUUCCUUCAUGCGCAUAGUAAUAUGUAAUCAUCUCCAUGAUCUGGUGGUGAUAUCUGAACAAGCCACUUACUGCCUAGUGUACAUGAUUGUGCCAGUUCUCCUUUCUGUACGCAGCCUCAGUCCGUAUUUUUCCCCCCCGAGGUACCAUUUCCAUUUGUAAGGAAGAUGUACUGUACCGAAUUGUGAGAAUGAGGCAUGAAAUAUCGUACUUCAUGUUUUGUGUGUUGGUAUUUAACUUGAAAACAAUACUUUUUCAUCUUUUGCAUCAUAACAUGAAUUUACAGUCAUCUUAACACAGCCAAAACCUGUUUAUAACAGUGGAAAAUAGCAGACCGUCAUGAUAGUGACACUAAUGUGCUUAGAUCAGUACUUGUUGGAGCAGAUUACUGAGUGAGAAGUCUUCUCUCUUCUUAAAUUGUGAAUGCAUGUUCAUUCACAAAUCAAGACAAGUGUUAAUAAAGGCUGAAGUACCGUUCUGUGGGUAUGACAUGAACAAUUGAUAACUUAAAUCUUCCCCCUCUCACUACCUUUAUUCAAUGAAAACAUGCAAAAUGAAUUUAAGCAAUGUUGAAGAAACACGUUUCUAGUGCGUUAUGUUGGAGUGUGCAUCUGUACGUGCGGAAAAUGUUUUAAGUUUUUUUCCCCCCUUAUACUCAACAUUCCAAAGUAUGUUAUGAAGAAAAGAUGUUUUUUUGAUUUAGGUGUUAGUCAUAAAGAAAUGAACUGUUGAAUGCAAAAACUGGGCUACGUAUAAAACUGCUAUUAUUGCAUCUUUUUUUCUUAAUCUUUGUUACUGAACUGUGGCUAACAUUAGAUAAUACAGACACAUUCCAAAAAAGACUAAUUUUCUUGCUUUCAUAAGAGAAUAAAAUGUUAAAAUUAUAUAUUUGUUGACCCUAUUUGGGCGAAUGCAUCCAAAUUUUGCAAAUGCCAACAGUUUUAGCGACUAAGGUAAGGUUAGGUUAUAUGAUGCACUGCUACACCUGUAAGUGUCAUUGUACAUUUGUAGCAAUAUCUUUGCUUCAUUUAACGUUCAUUUUGACAUUUCAUUAAUUGAUCAGUUUGAUUGUAAUGCAUUUUUCAGUUUUCUGUGCUGCAAGUUAUAAUUGACUACAUGUGAUGAAAGUGGUAGGCUUGCUCCCAGGUUAUAAAUGUAAUCAGUUUUGCACUCAAGAGAUCAUUACAUACAUUAAGUAGUCUCGAGGUAUUGCAGUAGUUAUAUCAUACCCCUUCCCCAUCCAUCUACAUUUCCAUUUAUUAUCAACAAGUCUUUAUUUAUGUAUUUAAUGUGUGUGAAUUUUAUCUGACCUUAAGUUACAGUGUCCAGGUAAUUGUUUCAUUGUUAAAAGUAAUUGUUUGUAACAGAAUUGCUGCACAUUUUAUUUAAGUCCCUUAAGCACCUUUACCCCUUAUUUUUUUUAUAGUUCUGUAACUUUUUAGUGAAGUUGGGCUGUUGGAUUAAGGUCUGUCUGAAAUUGAUAAUACUUGUGGCUUUGAGGUUUCCAAGACUUGUAUAAUAGCAGUAACUUUAAUGACAAAAUUAAUGAGAGAUGUAACUCUGUACAGCUAUUAUUUUUCUGUUUGUUUGUUUGUGUGUGUGUGUGUAUACAGACAUUUCUCAGGAGUUUGUGAAAGAGUCUUACAAGCAUUUCCUUAUUUUUCACCAGUGUCACAUGAUUGACAAAUCAUUAAACCAAACUGAUUUUAAAGACAAAAUUAUCUGAAGUGAUUGGUGUCAUCAGUGGUUUUACUGGCAAUUAAACACCUUAUUUAUUACAUCGUAUAUCUGGAAUUUUCUUCUUCUAACAGAUGGAAUUGUUAAGGAUACAGUGUGCUUGAUAAAGAGUACAGUUUACAUGUUUUCUGUAUAUUGGUAAAGCAGAUAACACUACGGAGAACAAAAUAAUGUCACAGGACAAAUAAUUUCUUCCUCUCUGUUUUCUGAUUAUGUAUUUUCCCCCCUACCCCUCUUUUAUGGGGCUUGUUAAGUAAUUGUGUCAUGCUUGAAGAGGUGGGUCUCUCUGACUCAGAUGUAAGUAGGGGCAAUUGUUGUGUUGAUACGUCAAAAUCCUCGAAGAGCAUGACAUUAUUGAGUCAUAUUCUUAUUACCAAUAAAAAUAUCAGUUAUGCAAUCUUUCCAGAAAUGCCAUUAAAAUACCGAUUGAUUGCCUUUUUGUAGAAAUGUAUUACAAUACGUGCAUACCUCCGAAAAGUGAGAAAGAGAACUAACAAGACAAGUACAUAUAAUUUAAAUAAGCUGUAAAAAGUAUUUAAUUGUCAACACCUGACUUUCAUGAAGAAAAACCAAAACAAGCAUAAGAACAGUACCAUGUGCUAUUUUUUAUAUUUUAUGACUUUGUAGGUGCAACAUUAAAAUAUGUUGUUCAAUAAAUUAUAGUAAACAUAGUUAUUAAUUGUAGUUAGUGGAAAGAACAGAAUAUUAUCAUGUAUUCACUCAAUGGCCUUAAGACUCUCAUCACAGUUUUUAAUGUUUCAUCAUUGAAUUGCUGUUAUUUUGCUUAGUACCUUGUCAUUUAGAGAAAAUCGUUGCAUCCAGUGUUGGCAGAGAAAAAUUAGAAAGUCCCACUGAAAGUACAAGUGGGUGAUGAGAAUAGUGAUAGAAUGUAUAAUUGUGUAUGUUGCAAUAUCUCCAAAUUGAACACGAUGAUUGCGUGAUCCUUGUGUACUAUAUCCUCUGUUACACUCUUUAAGCAACUUGUUCAAGUAUUUUCAUUUGUGGAACUGGUAGUUUUCAGAAGCUGUCAU